CUCCAACUCCUCCUCCACGCCCCGUCGGACACACGCCACACGUCUCGCCAUACACUGCGCAUUGCCACGUCUGCCUUGACAUUGGUCGCAUUGUGUGCGCGACUGCGAACCGCCGUCCGGACGCAUACCCACAUAUCGCUGCAGCGCGCGCCCGACGCGACAGCCCCGCUCACCGCCACGGCCCUUGCCCGCCAACGCGCCUUGCUGCCGUCUCCGCAUCCCUUCACGUGUCGCGCAAAGCACUGGCAGCCGUCGCAUCGCGCACUGUCGAGCCUGCAAACAGCGCGCGUCCCGUCCGCAAUUCUGACGUGUCGGUCGCGUCUUGGUCCCGUUCGCGCCUCGGCAGAAUGGACUCCCAGGCACCAUUGUCGCAGGCCUCCCAGGAGUCUGUACUUAUCCCUUCAACGCAGCCGUCCAGGCCUGCGACGCCCGCACUGCCAUCUGCCUCGCGCUCUGCAUCUCCUAUCCCCAAGAUGGAGAAGUUUACAUCUCCGGCACCUCGCACAACCUCUUCCAUGACGCCACCGCCCUCGUCCCAGCUACCAGACACCCGUUCUGUGGUACGGACACCGUCGCCCCCGACACCUGGGCUUUCGUCACCCCCGCCGACCUCAAAGCUGCCGAACCAACCUUCUGCUCUGACCGAGUCCGCCGCCGCUCUCUACACCCCGGAGCAGGUCGACAAUGCGUCGACCGAGGAGCUUCGUGCCAUGGUCAACGACCUGACUGGCAAGUUGCGCGAUGUACGGCUAUCAGCUGCACACCACAAACUGCAGUACAACAUGGCCGUCAUGGAACGUCAGGAGUCGGCAAGCCGGAUGGCGGUGGAAUUGGCCAUGGCUCAGCGUGAGAUUGAUGUUUUGCAAAAGGCCGAGGAGAAGCGCCGAAACGAGUCGAAGCCGGAGCAGACCUACCAGGAGUCGCCAAACGUUGCUGCCAACGCCAUCGUCAUGUCUGAGAUGAACCGCCAGAUUCAGUUGCUGCAGAACGAGAACGAAGAACUGCGAGACUUGUAUGACCAGCAGAAACGCUUGACCGAGCAUCGGGAGGGGGAACUUGCUGGGCUGAUGGAAGAGAACGACCGUUUGAAGUCCAGAAUUCGCAAGAACCGCGACCACAUUGCACCAUACCUGCCGUACCUUGAGCAAAUGAACGAGUCACCACGUUCUGCUUUCGGUACCCCGCACGCGACUCCGCGUCACAAGCUCAACCGUGUGUCUGCCCUGUCUGACGAGAGAAGCAGAGGGCAGAGCAAUUUCGAGGCACUCCUAUUAGCAGACAAGAUGCUUAGCCAAGAAACCGCCACAGCACCUUCAACGCCGGCAAGGUCACAUGGGCCCCGGUCCCGAUUCGGGCACACUCGGGGGGCUCAGUCCAUGUCGUCACUCCCUCAGACGCCAAGGGCGCGUGCUGCCCAUGUUCCCCUAGAGAUCCCACGAACGCCAACCACGUUCUCCGCCAUCAACAUACCUCAAUCGGCACCUCCUGCUCACUACCAACAAGAGAGUGGAGCUGUGAAAGCAGCACACGCUCGACGCGAAAGCAGCAACUCCACCAUCACUGCAUCCAGUGUGGAUGAGGAAGAAGCCUAUACCGACAGAGAAGAAGAAGUGACCGAAUCCCAGGCCAGCCAACUCGCGACCAGUAUGCUCCGCAGGGCACCCUCAGUACCAAAGAGGCCGUCGGCUCCAUCCUCACAAUCAUCAAAUCUGGUUCAAAGUAAGAUCUUCGGCCAAGUCAAGAAGGGGCACGGCCUGACCCGCUCAGCCGAGCUCGACAAGAAGCGGCAGUUGUCUGAGCACCACGCGAGUCCGACCAAGCGGGGACGGAUAGAUGGGGGCGGCGUUGGUCUGGGGAUCGGCCUCGGUCUGCGGGACUAGGCUGCGUCUAGCAAUUUCUUAUGAGUGACGAUUUGGUAUGAUGGACAGAUGGACUUGGAGUUUGCGUGAAUCGAUUUUCGCCUUGUAUUCUAUGCUAAGGCAUGUUGGAUUGACAUGCUUGCCGUGUUGUAAUAGUUACAGAGACACCCGACUCUGGUCUUUUGCUUUUUGAUGGAUACCACUGAUUGUACGGCUGCGAUGAGAAAUGCACGGUAGAUAGUAAUCAAUGUCUAUAUAGCC